GCAUACUCGCUUUCUCAAUGCUAUAGCAGGAUUCGUAUGAUUGGUUGUAGACGGUCGGUCAAAGGAUCUCUCAUCUCGGCGGGAAACACAGUAUCAUAAGCACAACGAUUAGUUUUUAUAUUGUGUAAGUGUAUACUUUCGCCCUAGAAUUAUUGACUGCUAUUGACUUCGUGAUCAUGGCUGAUAUUAAAGGCGGGAAACCUUUCGCGUUAUAAGUAUUCGCAAGCGAUCAGGUGUUUGGGACGAAAAGGAAUUCAUGUGGGAUUGGUAAUUGAUAAAAACAAAGGAUAAUUGACCGUUGGUAAUGACGAAUUGCGAGUAGAAGUUUCUUUUUAUGUAUGAAAAAUAUUGGAAUGAGAAAAUGAAUUUUCGUAUGUUAACUUGAUGUGCAUCCAAUUUUUACGCGCGUCCCUGUUAUUGUAUCGUUGAUAGUAUACAUUUUUAGAGCGAAGCUGUGGCGCAUAAAAGGAUGUUGCUGAUAAUUGUCAAUGAAAAUGAUUUUCAAAUUUCAAGAGUAAUAAUCUUAUAAAAUAUUAUUUUGCCAAAUUAAGAGCCUUUGGAAGUUAGCCAAUUAUAAAAACAAUGAUUCAAAAAUCGUGAGACUGAGCUGACCUUCAGUAAUAUGAAAUAAAAUAUGUAAAUAUUCUGAAUGAUGAAAUUAUAUUUUUCAGACAUUCCAAUUUGAAAUUUGAAACUGCUUGAUGUGUGAUGGAGGAGCAAGUAUUGGUUAACAUAUCCAAAUUAUUUCCUCUUUUACAUUCAACUUAUCAAGCCAUAAACCUCACUUAUCAAGUGCUUGAUGUUAAUUGUUACGAACAGCAGAAUGUAUUAAAAAGAUGGAUUUUGCCAGUUAAGGAAGAAUCUUAUGAAUGCACGUGCACACCAGAUUUUGAGGAGCCAGAAGAUAUGGUAAACGAUAUACAAUGUGCUGUAGAAAGAGCUAAAACCACAAGGAAAAUAAUGAAAGUCAAUGAUAAGCGAUAUAAUAGAAGUGAAGUAACAAAUUCUCCGUUAGAGAGCUUAAAGACUAAUCACUUUAAAGAUGCUCAGAAAGGAAAAGUAAAUGAUUCUAUUAAUAAAAACAGUGAAAAGUGUUCAAUUAAAAGUGUAGGAAAUAAAAUUAGUGCAGAGAGAGAUAUUCAUACCCAUCAUGUGAAGCAAAGAGAGCCUAAAUUGAGAACGAAUAUUAAGAUAAAUAAAGCACAUACUUUCCAGACUACAUAUCAAAAAGACUUUUCUGUGAGAAAUUCACACAAAACGUCACAGACAAUUGCUAAUAAGAUGAAGCAUCCUGUAAAGCAGUGUGCAACAACUGUGGACAUUAAAGUAGAAAAUGCUGAGAAUGUUGACAGUUUAUUAGAGAAAGUAUCAACAGGCUUUUGUAAAACUUCUGAUGUAAAAAUGAAUUCUUUUCAGAAUGUGAAGGGUGAUAAUUGUAUUUUGCAUGGUGAAAUCUCUCAACGUGUUGUGCAUAGAUGUGUUAAUUUGAAUGAAGCUAUGAAUUCACUCGGUGCUCCUCCAGAGUUGGUGAAGUUAUUAAGAACUUUCCAUCAGUACGUUAAUGUUGCUGAUAAGUUGCAAUUGAAAAGAAAAUGCA